UUUCAUUUCUAUCAAACACUUUCUCUUCCCCUAAAAAAAAAAAAAAUGAUGUCCUGGCUUUUCUUCUCAUCCCCUUUUGCCUUCUUUGUUUUCAUCAACAUUCCUUUAGCCUCAAGCUUUGUUGGGUACACAAGUUGUAGCAACAAGUUCAACUGUGGAGAGAUCACAAACGUUGGUUUUCCUUUCUGGGGAUACGGCAGGCCAGAGAGUUGUGGAUAUCCAGAACUGAAUCUCACAUGUUCCGAGAGUGUCACCACUAUAGGGAUUAUGGGGGUCCAAUACAGAGUGUUGAAGAUAAACCAAGAAGCUGAAGAAACACUCAAACUUGUGAGAGAUGACUACUAUGACAAAAUUUGUUCUCCAAAGUUUGGGGACACCAAACUGAAUUCCAAUCUUUUCGACUAUGUUUCAGGCUCUGUCGAUGUUAAAUUACUGUAUGAUUGUAUUUCUAGCUCACAACGUGACUUCAGUUGCCCCAAGGAUGAAACUUAUGGUAAUGUGGCCGCCGUACUUCCAGCUUUUCCGGUGCCUCUCAUGUGUAAAUCACAGAUGGUGAUUCGGAUUCAGGACGCAAUGAGUUUCAGUAUCUUUAGUUCAAAGAAUGUAACAGAACUUGAACAGGCAGUUAGAGAAGGAUUUGAGGUGAAGUAUAAGGUGGACAGUGCAAAAUGUGAUGAGUGUGUUGGUUCAAAGGGUGUUUGUGGUUAUGAUUGGGGUUUGAGUGAGACUGUUUGCCAUUGCCCGAAUCAAAGUUCUGCGUCCCGGAAUUGUUCUGCCACAGCAGAGGCCAUAGACAAUCCAGUUUUGCCAUCAGCUAAAGGUACGAGCUCUGAACCCAAAAUAGAUAUGCUAACAAGAGUGGUUUUUUUGCAUUUUAAGCUGAAUUUCUUAGCUUUUUUGGCAAUUGGGUUCCUUAUAUCAACUCAUUUUUGGUAG